AUGCAUGCAAGAUUUGAUAGUACGUCAGAAACCAUGGUUAUUGCAGCUUUCAAGACAUCCAAAAAAAAAAUAAAAAAAAUUGCAGGAAUCUUGAUGCUUGCUAAAUUGAGUGCUUUGACGAUUGAAGAAGUAAGAAUGAUGGAGAGCCAGAUUGAAGAUCAUAUCUAUCCUCCUGUCCGGCCUUUUAAGCCUCAUGCGUAUGAUGAGGAUAUGCCUGACAGUGUUGAGGGAGCCAAUGGCGGUGUCAGCUAUAAACCAAACACGCCUGAUACCGGAAUGGAUAAACCCAAUACACCUGAUGUCCCUAUAGAGAAUAAACCCAAUCGAGCUGAUGUCCCUAUAGAAAAUAAACCUCACACGCUUGAAGCCAGGUCCUCUGCCGAUCCUUGCCCAUCGGAGGUGACAACCAUUGAUAUUGAAAGGGAAGAAGAAAGAAGAAGGAUCAAAUUGAGUGCUCAAGAAGAAGAAUACGCUGCUAUUAAAUGCUGCGAAUAUGAGGCCCAUGCGUUAAGAAGUAGGCGCAAAGCACCCUUCCCUAUCGAGGUGCCAGAGUUACUUUUCUACAUUCGAUAUCGUGCACGGAACAGCACAUUUUGUAACUACAUGUCUAAUCUCCACGACCAUCCUGACCACGGUACUUCCUGGCUUAACGCAAUGAACACCCAUGUCGACGUCAGGGCAGAAAUGGAGAAAAAUAUACAAAAAUGGAGCAUUGAUCUAACCCUUUAUCCUCCCCUCAUCGGUGCCAGGCACAUUGUCACUCUACGUCUACCUCACAGCACUACUGAACCACACACGAAGCUUGCACGUCCCGCCGUGUCUAAACCCACACCCACACCCACACCCACACCCACACCCACACCCAAAGCCAAACCUACACCCACACCCAAGCCAAAAUCCAAACCCACACCCAAGCCAAGACCCAAACCUGCACCCAAACCCAAGCCUACACCCAAGCCCACCCUCACAGAAAUUCUCGCUAGUCGCGAUAACGCUCCUAGAGAACCUGGAAAGAAGAGGGGUUACUGUAUCUCAUCAGAAACCGUGCAAUUGGUACAUGACUUGGGUAUUGCAGGUAAAGGCUCGUACUCUGUUGCUUCUCUCCCCCGAAGUCAAAAUAGCUUACCGAAUCGUACAUCGAAUGUCAGACAAUCUGAAAAUAUGGAAUUAAACUACCCUGAACAACGUUCCAUCGUGCUACCUGAUGAUCCUAUGGAUCCUAGAAAGAGGGAAGUUCAGCCCACAAGCCCUUCACCAUCAUCAUCAGCACAGAUCCAACCUGCCACCAAAACGACCAUCCCUACCAUCAUAACGACACCAACACCCACUACGGCAAUAAACGCUACCGAUUCCAGGCAACCGCCCAUUGAGAAACCUAGCACAAAUCCCGUACCACCUGAAAACCUGUCAAAGUCACAUCCUGUUACCUCCACAAAGAGAAAAUCAGCUGAAAAGGAAAAAAAGGUAGAAGGCAAGGAAAAACGUGUCAAGGGGGCAAGUGCGAUCGAUGAAUGGCCAAUUGUCUUGAUUGAGUCGUGGGAUCCGUACAAAAAACAAAUUAAUGUGUUAUUAGAUGUUCCCAUUGCAGCAAUGGAAAACAACGAUACCGAUGUGGAAGAGGAUGUCGAUGUGGAAGAGGAUGUCGAUAUGGAAGAGGGUGUCGAUAUGGAAGAGGGUGUCGAUGCAGAAGACGAUGUCUAUACGGAAGAGGAUAUCGAUGUAGAAGAAGGUACCGAUACUGCUGAUAUAGACCCUGACGAUACAUCAUUCAAUAUCCCAGAUUACGACAGACACGCGAUGGAUGUUGAAAUAAAUCCAGUACCUGAUCAACAACAAGUUCCCUCCUCACCACCACCACCUCCUCCUAAAAAACGUGUACCCGUGGUUAUUGAAGCUGCCUCAGAUCAAGACGAUUCGGAAGAAGAAGGAUUGACACUGAAUCAAUAUGAUGCUAGUGAAGCACAGAAAUUUCCCCCACUCAUCACCACCACCACCGCCAAGGAUGAGGCGAUCACUCAUCUCUCCAAUUUCUUUUUGAAUGAUGAUGAUAAUAGCAGUUUUGAAGACUAUGAUGAUUUUGAAGAUUAUACAGGAAUCGAUAUUCAAACACAGGAAGCUCUCUCUCAAUCACAAACCCUGUAUCAAUCACAGAUCGUGUCAGACUCACAGUCCAUGGAAACAAGUUUAGUUCAAAAGGAGGAGGAUGUGACACAGAAGAAGGAUCAUGGUGAUACGUCUGAAUCAGUGAUCAUGCGUGAUGGAGAAAAGGAUCCUCGUGCCAUGAUGCAUGAGAUUGAUUUGGAAGCUGUGUUUGCUGAUGAGGAUGAUUUGUUUCGUGACAUGGAGGAUUCAGAAAGUUUUGAAUUGGAUGAUCAUUUACAGGCGGAGGAUAUGGAUAGUGAGGAGUUGUCUGUCGGAAUGGAAGAGAUUUGGGUUGAACCUGCAAUUUUGAAAGAGGAAUCCGUGGACCGGGUCAAGCUAGAGGAUGCCAUCACACUGGUGGAAGCAGAAGAGGCCAUCCCACUGGAGGAAGAAGAAGAAGAAGAGGAUAUCAUUCCACUAGAGGAAGAAGAAGAGAUCAUCUCACUGAAGGAAGAAGAGGAGUUCAUUCCGAUGAUGGAAGAGUUGAUUAACCCAACACAGGAAGAAGAGCCAAUGGACGAAUCGCCUAUGGAUCGACAAGAUAUGGAAACAAGGAAUUCUGUCAUUGACUUGCACAUCCAAAAUAAAAAUCCCAUGGUGGAUUCACAACUGCAAACAGACAUUAGAAAUCCUAUUGUGGAUUUACGACUGCAACCCAACCUCAGGAAUCCCGUGGUCGACUUGAAACUAGACGAUCUUAUCGAGUCCCAUAAUCCCAUUGUGGAUCUACGCUUGGAUGAGGAGGAUAUCAUUGAUUACAAUAACCCGGUGGUGGAUUUACGGCUUGUUUGGAGCGAUGAUGAAGAGGAGGUACAAACAAAAAAAAAGCAUCCACGAAAAGUCGUUCGUUUCGUGGACGAGUGUGAUGAAUAUGGCAAUAAAAGUACUAUUGAUGAUGAUACGGGUCAUGACGACGGUGGCCAUCACGACGAGGGUGGUUAUGACGACGAGGGUUCUCAUUACAACGAGGGUGGUUAUAACGACGGUGGCCAUCACGACGAGGGUGGUUAUGACGACAAGACUGGUUAUGUCGAAGAGACUGGUUAUGUCAACGAGGGUGUUCAUGUCGACGAGGGUGUUCAUGUCGACGAGAGUGGCUAUGUCGACGAGGGUGUUCAUGUCGACGAGGGUGGCUAUGUCGACGAGGGUGUUCAUGUCGACGAGGGUGUUCAUGACGAAGAGGGUGUUCAUGACGAAGAGGUUGGUGAUAAUGAUGAUAAUCAUGACAUUGAAGAGGAGGAUAUGGAUGAGGAGGAUCAGUUCUUUCAAGGCCUUGUGACUCGAACCAGUUGUGAGAUUCCCGAUCUGGAGACAGACGAUGAAUUAUUAAAGGAGGCGUACCAGCAAUAUCUUGUUGAAAAAAAAAUGGACGAGGAACUUGGGGUAUACUUGGGUAUUCGCGUGCCAGAAGCGGUUUUGAUGGUGAUGAGUCAUAUCACCAUUAGACCGUAUACAGAAUAAAAAAAAA